UUAGCUAGACCUCAUGAUUUACAACUUAAUAUGCUUAGUCUAUAUAAAUUGCCUUGAACUUAACUACAAUCUACCUUCAUUGUCUCUUCUUUCAGCUGUUUCUUUUGUUGUUCAUUGUUAUCGAAAUUCUAUUCUCUCAAUAUAUAUUAUAAUAUCGUCGCAAACUAAUCUAGCCCUAUGGCAAUGGUUAUAGACGAUGAUUUCCACGAAUUUUACUUUCCCGAUUACUGUAACACUGCUACAACUACCACUACCACAACCACCACCACGAGUGCUAGCGAAGAUGAAUUGUGCAAUUGGAAUGAUUGGUCGCCUUUGAUGGACUGGGAGGCCCUUUCAAAUGGUCAUGACCAGGACUUCAAUGGCCUGUUCGAAUCAAUAAUGGAUGAUGACAGUGCAUCCUUGAGCCAGCUCCAGUCAUCACCAGAGCUCCAGCAGCACCCCUCACCGCAGCCUCACGAGCAUUCCUCACCGGAACUAAUGAUGAUCAGUCAUGAUCCUGAAGAAAUCACAAACAACUCUGAGGAUACCAAAGGGUUGAGGCUAGUCCAUCUCUUGAUGGCCGCGGCUGAGGCGAUGACGGGAGUGAAUAAGAGCCGCGACCUGGCUCGAGUGAUAUUGAUUCGGCUCAAGGAAUUAGUCUCUCCAACACAGGGGACUAACAUGGAAAGACUCGCGGCUUAUUUUACGCAAGCCCUGCAGGGCUUGCUAGAAGGGACCGGGAGUAAGAAUAAUAAUGUUCUGUUAAAUGGCCCCUACCACAAUCGAGACGAACAUCAGGCUACAGAUACACUUGCGGCAUUUCAGUUGCUACAAGAUAUGUCGCCUUAUGUCAAGUUCGGACACUUCACGGCUAAUCAAGCUAUUUUAGAGGCCGUGACGAAUGAUAAAAGGAUUCAUAUAGUGGACUAUGAUAUUAUGGAAGGGAUUCAAUGGGCCUCGUUUAUGCAGUCCUUGGUUUCGAGGAAAGAUGGUCCCCCGGGGCCACACCUCCGGAUCACGGCCUUGUCCAGGGGCGGUGGUGGUAAGAGGUCCAUUACUAGUGUUCAGGAGACCGGGAGACGGUUAACAGCUUUUGCCGCUUCAAUCGGCCAACCUUUUUCAUUCCACCAAUCUAAAUUGGACGCGGAUGAAAGUUUUAAACCGUCGUCUUUGAAAUUGGUAAGAGGGGAGGCGCUUAUAAUUAAUUGUAUGCUACAUUUGCCUCACUUUAGUUACCGAUCCCCCGAUUCGGUAGUUUCAUUUUUAUCCGGAGCCAAGACACUAGACCCAAGACUAGUGACUUUGGUCGAAGAAGAGGAAGAAGCCGAACCUACAACCGACGAAGGAGGAUUCGUAAGUCGAUUUAUGGAAUCACUUCACCGUUACUCGGCCUUGUACGAUUCCCUUGAGGCCGGGUUUCCAAUGCAAGGACGCGCUAGAGCACUGGUGGAACGGGUCUUUUUAGGACCACGAAUUGCCGGAUCAUUAAACAGGAUCUAUCGCGACACGGAAAUAUGUUCAUUAAGCAAUUAUUUGUGCGGAAUGGGAUUUCAAAGAGCUAACAUAAGCUUUGCGAACCACUGUCAAGCAAAACUCUUGUUAGGACUCUUCAAUGAUGGCUACAGAGUCGAGGAAUUGGCAAGCAAUAAGCUUGUUUUGGGAUGGAAAUCGCGGAGGCUUCUCUCAGCUUCUAUCUGGACCUCUCCUGAACAGGAUUUGUGAAUUGUUUUAAAACUGUUUAUUUUCAUAAUAUGUUCAACUAGUUUAGUGUCAGUCCCAGUUUGCUCAGUCUUUUAGUACUUUGUUUGAGUUACUUUAGCAUUCUAUGGCAAAGCUAGAUGUUUGGAUUGAUUUUGUUAGCCACGAUCCCUUCCACUGGUUCAGGAAACUUAUGUAUAUAUUAUGCAGUGCUCUUUUAUAAGCCGCAAUAUUGCCUCUGUACAAAGCUAUUUGAUAGUAAUGGAGUAUUAUUUACAGUGA